AUGGUGCGUGGUUAUAUCUCUGGCCCAAAGAGCUGUCCUAGUGAAAGGUGUCUGACCCGCAGCAGCAAAGUGUACCUGAAGCUCGACAAUCUACAACCCUCGGGAUCUUUCAAAUCUCGAGGAAUUGGCAACUAUAUUCGCUGUCGAGCCGAAGAAUAUCGGGGGAAGAAAGUACACUUUUAUGCCGCUUCUGGUGGAAAUGCUGGAAUUGCUUGUGUGCAUGCUGCUAGGCAGUUGGGCUACCCAGCAACUGUGGUAGUUCCAACGACGGCAAAGCCACCCAUGGUUGCCAAAAUACAUGCAAUGGGUGCUGCAGCCGUGAUACAGCAUGGUGCCAACAUCAUGGAGGCCGAUGAGUUCUUGAAGGACGUUUGCCUGAAAGCAGAUGUGGACGGUGUCUACGUGCCUCCAUUCGACCACCCUGAUGUAUGGGAUGGCAAUGCCACGGUGAUGCAGGAGAUUGUCAGUCAACUGGGCGGGGAACCCCCGGAUAUUAUCCUCUGCAGCGUAGGUGGUGGAGGCCUGUUGAAUGGCAUCAUGCAAGAGAUCGACAGGAAUGGUUGGAAUGGUAAAGUGCACGUUGUGGCUAUGGAAACCGCAGGCGCCGACUCUCUGAACCAGUCCAUCAAGGCCGGCCAUUUGGUGACCCUGGACCGUAUUACAUCCCAGGCCACCAGUCUAGGUGUUUCCAGAGUGUCUGAAAAGACUUUCGAAUAUAGCAAACGCUCAAACGUCAAGAGCGUUGUUCUCUCCGACCUCGAGGCUGCCAAAGGCUGUUACGCUUUGGCAAUGCAUGAGAGACUGAUGGUGGAGCUCACCGUCGGUGUCAACGUGGCCGCAUGCUUCGGGGGCACGCUGCAGAGGGUUUUGGGAUCAAGCUGCACCUUAAACGAGUCGACAAAGACGGUCAUAGUAGUAUGUGGUGGGAACGACAUUUCCGUCGCAAUGCUCAAUUCGUGGAGGCUUGCAUUCGAGCAUGAAUAUGCUCACACAGAAAUAUUGAGUCCUUGA